AUGGAAAACAAACAUCUUUGUAUUGCCUGCAAAGAUUUGCCACCACCUCCUAGUGAAAGAGAAAAGUGUUUAUGUAUGCACUGUGGGCAAGAAUACCAUUUAAAAUGUUUGAAUAUGGAUAAGACUGCUUUCUUUAAAUUAGACGGUCAAACUAAAUCUAAAUGGAAAUGCCCAACUUGCUUUAAUGUAACAAAUCGACGCAAGGGAGAUAUUUCGAAUACACCAGUUAGAAAAUCAGUGCCAUUUAAUGAUUCAAUAAUGUCCUGCGACGACUCUCUUUCUGUUGAACACUCGGAAACUUCACUAUAUCCUAAACCAUCAACUUCUAUGUGCCCUUCUCUAGGACAAGAAGUUACAUUAGAGAGUAUAGCCAGACUUCUAGAUAUGAAACUCGAUGUUAAAUUAGAUGAAAAAUUUGAAUCACUCAAAAAAUCAUUCUAUGUUAAUAUGAAAUCAUUAAUCAAAACGGAGAUUGUUACAGCCAUUGAUCAAGUCAAAAUUGAAUUUACCGAAACUACAGACUUUCUACAUCAGGGGCAAAAAGAACUCAAGUCAAAUAUUGAAUCUGCUGAAAUAAAAGUCAAGGCACUAGAAAGAACGAAUGCCGAUCUAACAAGCAAAAUGAGUAUACUGCAUCGUCGUUUGGAAUCCAUGGAAAAAAAUUUCACGCAGUCACAACGUGGAGAUUCAAGCAGUCCCCGAAAAACGGAAUGA